AUGUCAUCCACCACGGAACCCAUCGAGCGUCCCGAGGCGAACGCGGUUGAAGACUCGGAGGAGAAAUCUGCUCCCAAUUUAAAACGCCCGCGCACAGACUCAAUUGAAGCGAGCCAGCUACAGUAUCCACCUCGAAGCAAGAAGGCUAGGAUACAAAUUGAAGCGGGAACCAGGGACCCCAAGAAGUCCCCGGUUUCAGCAGGCUUUCGCAUCAUUGCUUACCCUGGCGAGCUGGAGGCUCUCUGGAAGAAGCCCAGAGCUGAGGAAAAAGCCGUCCAAACGGAAGACGACCCUAAACCGGCCGUCACCACUAGGCCAAGGUCACCCUCGAAAGCGCAAGCUACAGUGAAACCGACUGUCCGUAUACCUCCCAGACUUAUCAAGCCCAUCGUCAUUCGACCUGGGCUGGUCCGACCCCGCCGCCCGUCCAUCAAGGCGACCUCUCCAACGACCAAACCAACCAGCCCAACCGACACCGUCACCGACGCAACUCCAUCUCCCAACUACGGGGCCGCCGUCAAUGACCUCACGGGCAACUUCGACUUGUACGCCAUGUCGCUGGAGUUCUUGGCUGACAUCUUCACUGGGAAGAAGCGGUCUGAACCAUUCGAACCCACAGGCAAGGGUAAAGGCAAAAAGGCGACCAACAAGAGCUGGAAACCAAAGAAGAGAGUGGCCGCGCUACCAGAUUAUGAAGGUCUCUACAACGAGAUCAUAUUGUUACAGGCCGAGAAAGACUGGACAGCCCAGAUCCAGAUCCCCUCCACCGGUGUUCGCUUACCAGGGGAACCUCCUUCGAAGCCCAAAGAAACAGGAAAAUUCUCAUCCAUCGUCCUAGCGAACCCUAUCGACCCACAGCAUCCGUACGAAGUCAAGCUCUACCACGUCUCCCUCCGCGCCGCUGGAGAGUUCACCUUCACGGAGAAACAAAAGAAGUUCUUCGCAGAGGGCGCAGGCCUCCAAUCGCACGACUCCCUGUCGCCAGGUAUCAUCGCCGCGCUGAAACUGGCUGCAUCCUCGCUUUCCACAGAUAGUUCUGGUGGGUACGAGGGGGUGAUGAGUUCGUCCGGGUACAUCAAGCUUCGAAAGGUUUGGGAUCCUGAUCAGCCUGGGGAUACACCGAACGAGGCAAAGAGGACGACGAGACGCCAACUCUUCGAAGGCUACGCGGCUUUUGAGAUUCUGUUCAGCAAGCACCAUCCCAAUCAUCGAACGGAGGAGGGUCGAUUAUUGGAGUUUGGCUUCUGGGCUGUUCGAAGCGCGCCUAUUGCCAAACCGCCGAAUCAACGUAGAUGA